AUGUAUGCCACAUCAAAAUUAAUUAUUCCACCCAAACCUGCAAGGGAUACACCUUUUAUUCCGAAAUUGAGGAUUCGUCUUCGCCAUUCACCGAAUAUUCAUUGUAGUGAUCGUGACCAAAGUUACAAUGUUGCGCAUAAUGAAUCUCCGCAUUUAGUUGAGAAUUUCGGUGAUGAUAAUUCAUUUCAAACAAACAUUGGGUCCUUAGUUAGUGUUUGCUCUUUCUCAAUGUUUAGAAAUGCCUCACAAAAAAGUUCUCAUCCCAACUCCUUAACUAAGUUCAACAAACCAUCUCGACAAAGACAGCUUUCCGGGUUUACUUCUGGAUGUACUAUAAGGAGGGCUGCACGCAAAAGGAAACAGUCAUCUGGGUUUGUUGACACACUAGAUCUAGAAAACCCUGAUUCGAUUUUGACGAAGGUUAACCUCAAGUUGCUCAUAAAUCGGGAAACAUUUUCUUCUCUCCCUUUGGAUGUUCAACAGAUGCUAUCUCAACUUCUACCACUGUUUGAUCAUUGCAGAGAGAUGUCUCUUAAUAAUUCUGUUUUAAUUGAUGAAAAUGACUAUAGUCCAUCCCUUUCUUUAUCUUCUGGGGUUGACUCAUCAGAGCAAUCAAAUACUGUAUGGCUACAUCCUACUGCACUCAACAACGAGUUUUUUACGAAAGCCCUGCAAGAUUUUUCUGACCGUCAGGCUAAAGGUGAAUUCACCCCACGUAUUCGCAAUCGAGCUGGUCUACGGGCCCAUGUAGGCAACCGGUAUAGAUACGCCUCUUCCAGUGAUUUAGUCCAAUCAAAUGCAAAUAGUAAUCAGAAUAAAACAUUUAUUCAUGAAGUACAUACUAAGAAAUCGUCUGGUCAAACAAAUUCACGUCGUUCAUCGAGACCGAAAACAAAAAAUUUCGAUGGUAACGCACCCGACAACGAUUUUCAUCAUCAUGCACCAGUUUUUACGAACUCGCCACCAGUAGACGCCUCUCUCAUUUCUUCAACAGUUUCUGUUUCUGCUUCAUCUACGAAGAAUUCUCAAAGCAAAAGAAAUAAAAGUUCAAAAUUUUCACAUUUGCAGAGUGAUAGCAAUAAUAAAUCCAUGAUAGUCUGCUCCCCUUCACCAAUACUACCAAGAGAAAAAUUCAAAGUGAAGUCGGAGUGUUUUAUAGAAUCCAACAACAUUGAGUUUGAAGAUAACAACCAGAAUAAAACUUCGGAUUUGUCCGAACCCAGUUCUCUUCCUGUGGGCGACACUGUAGAUAAUGGUAUAUGUAGCUCAGUCAAAUCAUUUUAUCCAGCUGAUCUGGAAAACAGUGAAUUCACAGACGCUGUUUGUUGCUUAUCUGACGGAAAUCGUGAUGAUCAUUCUCUGCCACUGAGUCCUGCUUACAAUGCGACAUUAGCUUCACCACGAUCUGUAGGAGAUCCAAAUAAAGGUUUAAAACUUUGUGAUAAGACACUUGAAUCAGAAAGCAAUAAAUUGACAAAUUCUCCAAAUACAAAACCAACUCAUGCACGCCGACUCUCACUGGAUUCAAAGCUGGUAAAUCCUGCUUCUAACAGACAAAACAGCACCACUAGUUCCUUACGUUCUACACGACCAUCACGUUCUUCCAAUUCUAAUAGUUCUGGUGGGUCUCCUUCUAUGCCUCCGCCUAGACAAACAAAAACGUUAGCUGCCAUGAGAGAAAAAAUGCGGGCAAAACGUAUGCUAAAAGAAUCUGAACGCGGAACAGUAGGUCAACGUUUUUAUGGUUUGCCGGGCAGUAUGACUCCACAUCCGUCAAGCGGCUCAAGUGGUUACUUCCAGAAUCGCAAUUACUCUACGCCUAUCAAUUUUACCCCUUUAAGUGAGACCGGAAAUAAACAGUCACCGUCUGUUUCUUCGCCUUCAUUCGGAAAUUCUAUCUCACCACCAUCAAAUGACAGAACUGUCCAUUCUGUUAAUGUACAGAGUGAAACUCAAGAGUUAACUGAACCUAAUUUGGCAUCUGGAAGCCCUUACUCUCCACAUUCUGCUCCUAGUAAUAAUGUCAUGUCUCCAUUAGUCUCUGUUAACAACUCUUAUUCUGAGGGCAUCACUACAAACAACAACAACAUCAGCAACCUCGAUAGCUACUCUUGCUACUCUAAUAGUUUUACUCAGUCGUAUCCGUCUUCUCCUCAUCUGCCAAACUCAAAUGCUGGCAUCGUUCUGCAACAUUCACUCUUUUCACAGUCACCCAGUCCUGUGCAUCCCACUAAAACACAUCGCCUCGAACAGAGUGUUUCCGCACCACCUACUCCCUCUAAUCCUCAGUCAGAACAGAAUUUUACAAAUUACUUACACCAACCAGGGCAUUCUUUUUCAUCUUUAGAACCAUGUUCCAGCUCUUCAGCUCCUUUACACACGUCCCAAGUCAGUCCAACUGUGUCUUUUGGUUCAUACCCAUCUCCAGUAUUUACUGGUAAGUCCUCAGUACCAUCUAGUGUCCGACCGAGCACUUCUGAUUCGUCCUUUUCACAAGUUUUGAAUCAUCCAGUUUCAGGCAGUGGCUUCCCUACGAGUAGCAUAAGUUCUGUAGUCUCGGAAGCUUUAAUGCUGUCCAAAUCAGCAUGCCAUUCUCUUCCUACUGCUAUGGAACCUAUCACUUGCUCAAUUCAAGCAACAGUAAAAUCUGUUCCAUCUCUUGACACCAUCUCUAUCAGCCCUUUGACAUCUGUAUCCAGUGUUACCAAACUACUUACUUCUAGUUCACAGCAAAGUCGCUCUUCCACAACAACCCGUGCGUUCUUUGUUGAUGGCGAUAAUUUGUCUGAAGCUGUCGCAUUCCUCCAGAGUUUAAAUCCAAAAGCUACAAUUACUCAGCAACAGUUUCUGCUCAUCCCUGGUGCAAAUAAAUCUCAAAUGAUUUUGUGCAGAGCACCUGUAACCUGUUCAUCCGAAAUUAUACCUUCCGUUUCAACACAAACUUCAGUUUCUGUCUCACAGGCUAAUUUAACUUCUUGGGUCAAUAACGUGUCUCAUAUGACAACGUCAUGUACAUCAAGUGUGGAACACCCUCCUAUCACUGCUUCUGCAUCUGUUAUUCCUAACGAUGUUUCACCAUCGACAAGUGUUACGGAGAAAAACUCUACGUCAGAAAGUACGUCAUUUGGUGAACCUUUCAAAUCUAACAAUUUCUAUAUGACUCAGUGUAGUAGUGAUGGUUCAUUUCCAAAAGUAAUGAAAACUUCAGAGUUGCAAAUUCCUCGGUCUCUAGUUUAUUCGAAAUCAAUUAAUGUUUCUUCAUCGAAUGGGUCAUCGUUUCCUGUCAACAUUCUUAUUUCUCAUCCUAAAUCAUUGGAAACCAGCAACGAGCGUACACCCUUACUUCAAGUUGUGAAAUCAGUUUCUUCUUCCAAAGUAGCUAUCCCGUCAUCUACUAAUUCUAUUCCUUGCUCAUCUCGCACAACUGUUCCUACUGUUCUCAAUUACAAGCAACCUGUGACUCAUUCACAGCUUAAUGUUUCAUUGUUAACCCCUGGACCCUCCGUAAUAAAUAAUGAGGUCCCCAUACUUUUUGUCCAGGAUCGUAACCAGCAUCCUAUACGAUCCCAGACUCCAACUCAACCCCUAAACUGGGUUCAGCGCAGUUCGUUCGAUCAGCAUAUGGAUCUUACUGAUCGAUCGACUAUCAGUUUGCCCAUUUUAUCUACUGCAACCGUAAUAACAACGCAUGCGAACAACACCGGUGAAUUUCGUUGUUCCCCUCACCCAGUAGCCCGAUCUGGACCGUCCAUGCAACUUUCUAACAACGUGUCUGCCUCCAGUCACUUCGGUUUGCAACCAAUUCAGUCUGUACAACCAUCUAACCAUACAGCAAAAUCUUUGGGAUCUACUUCGUUCUUAUCUGGUCCCACCGCAACUAUUAUGUCUCCAUGCCUACCUGCUGUCAUUCUUUCGCAUCCUAUAACAAUUCAGUCAACUAGUAAUAUCGCCCCCUGCCAACAGAACAUUUUUAACCGACCCCUUCCCUAA